AUGGCGUGCAUCUACAAUUUAAAAAAUAAGAAAAAAACGAAAUUUCUAUAUAGCUAUAAUAGAAAAUCAAAAAGGAAGAAAGAGAAAUUAUCAUCUGGCAAGAAAAGUGAAUCACAAAAAUAUAAUGAAACCCCCCCAAGAAAUGAAGAAUCAGGAGCAAAUUAUAAUGAAGACGACAUCGGAUUGAACACACGACCUAAACGAAAAAAGGGAUUUAUAUACAAAACAUGGAAAAAGAUAGAUAGGUAUUUUGAAAAUAGAGUGUAUGAAAAUUUUGACUAUAUAAGUAAUCUGCAAAAGGAUCCGAGUUUAGAUAAAAAAAUGUUCUUAAAAGUAUUAUUUAAAAAAUACCGUAUGUUUAUGCUUAUGCCGUUUAUUACGAAAUUAUUUGGACUAAUAAUAUUUAUAAUACGUGCAACAAAAGUUUUGGAAACAAUUGAGAUCGCAAAAUUAAUUUUGUUGGUGAUGAACGUACUAAUUUCUCACGUUUUAAGUAUCGUUUCUGUUUUAACACUUAUUUACAUAUUAGUAAAAAAAAUUCAAUAUGAAAGAAAAUUACAAAGAAAAAAAAAUUGUACUUGUAAUUGUCAUUCUAGUUGA